GGGGGAGGGGGUUUACUUCGCUGUUUGUUUUACGAUGCUGUCGCGAGAUUAGAGAAAGUUUAUAAAGAGCCCUGCAAUUAGCAUUAAGCAGCAGUCGGAAGGCAGCUAAGUCGAAAACACGUCGAGAGCAACAAGUGGAUGCCACAGCUAGUGCGCCAAGUGCAAACAGUUCCAAAGUCAACUCAAAUAUCAAUAUCCCCGGAGAUCAGCGUGUGAUAAUGCCCGAUAGCUAUACGGCGGACUUACGUAGCCGCCGCCGCGAAAAUCCAAUCGACCGAAACGGCAAUAUCGGAAGUAUUGCCAAGGAGCAGGCGACAAGCACCAGACAAAAGCUGACAACCGAUUAUUCCCAGAGGGCUAACGAAAUGGCGUCGGGCAAGGAAGGUCAAGAAUACAAGUCCAGCAGACGCACUCUCAGCGAGAGUUCCGCCGAGGACGUCGGGCGUACAGGAUCAAAGAGCAACGGCGACGGAAUGUGGCGCAACGAGCUUUCAUUGAAUCCGAACAGCAGCUCCACUCAGCCCGGACAUCCGGAGGACCAUAGUCCUGGCUCUGGGAGCUCCAACAGGAGGCUUAGCGAUGCAGUUGAUGUGGUACUCCGCGUUCUCCUCGUGAUUGUCUUCGCCAAGUUGGAGACUAUGACAGCUUUCAAGCGGGAAAUCCACGAGGAGGAGCUCUGGCUGUACAAGAACCCCAGGAGACCGGACAUCGUCAAAGGCGGGGAGCUGCUCUUCUGGGUGAUAGUGGCUCCAUUCCUGGUCACAGUUGUCUUCUACUUGUUCACCAAAGACAGGCGGGACUUUAGAGCCGCCAGCUGGGCCUGGACCCUGGCUCUGUGCAUGAAUGGCCUCCCGACGAGCAUGCUGAAGAUAACAGUAGGGCGGCCAAGGCCCGACUACUUUUACCGCUGUUUUCCCGACGGCGUGAUGGUUCUCAACACCACAUCGAGCAGCCUGGACUCCUCCAUCUUGGACUUCAAUUGCACAGGGCUCCCGGGUGACAUAAACGAGGGCCGCAAGAGCUUCCCCAGCGGACACUCGUCGUUUGCCUUCGCUAGUUUCGGUUUCAUCGCCUACUAUGUGGGCGCCAAGCUGCACGCUUUCGACAUCAGGGGACGCGGGCACAGCUGGCGACUCUGCAUCGCAGUGAUUCCCUUGGUGAUCGCUCUGCUGGUGGCAGUCAGUCGCACCUGCGACUACCACCACCACUGGCAGGAUGUGACCAUAGGCGGCCUAAUUGGCCUGUUUGCGGGCUAUAUAAGCUACAGACAAUACUAUCCUUCCAUUUUUGGCCCGGAUGCUGGCACACCGCUCGUCCGGUGGCCCAGGAAAGAGGUAAACCAAUACCAGCGGCUAGCAGGCAAUGACGAGAAUGAGAGCCGUGAUGAAAGGGCCGAGGGCGACGUGGUGCGGAGGCCACUCAUAGGGGGCAAGGAACAAUCCAAAUGGUACUAAAAGCUUUAUGUAAUUUAUAGUCAAUUAUUGCUUUCCCGUCUAAGCUCCUCUUAACUUAUCAAACCAUCGCUGUAUUUCCAAUUUACAAACGUGCUAUUGGGUUACCUCGUAAUGGGUAGGGUUUAUAAGUAGAUUCUCCAAUAAAAAGUAGUGCGUCAAUUGCUAAACGUAAA